AUGUCUGAACAGCCGAUGCUCGAGAUCCGAACAGACGAGGCCGCUGCUGGCAAAGGCAUUGUCAACCUGCUGCCCUGCCGUGUCCAGCACACCGGCCCAACCGGGCCAUCUUCAGCUUACUGGAAUCCCAAUGGCAUCAAGACUGCCUAUCUUCGGGGCAGGAGGCUUCAGGGAAAGACGGCCUCGCUACCUGAAGGCUAUCGAGGCGUUGUUCUUCAACGGAAAGACGAUGCGCCGGAACCUGCCGAGCAGCCAGACGUCGUCAUGAUUGGAGAAGACGGAGAUGAAGGGUCAGCUCCCAGACUAGGGACAAUGCACGUCAUGACGAAAUUCGACAAGAUGGUUGUGUGGUCGCAUGAUGCUGUUGCUGAUGCUUUGUCUGAUCCCUACCUGAGAAGCGUGGAGGAGUGGUUCAAGGUGGCGGAAAGUGUAAGUUGGCUCUCAAAUCUAUUGCCAGGGAACAAUCGGCUGAUCAGAUGGUGUUGUCUACAGAUUCAUUCCUACGAAGAGGAGGAGAAAGGAGAUGCCAAAUGA